AUGAUAGGUUUGAAUUCGGAUUUUAAACACGAAACCUCUGAAGUAUACCCCGCGUAUGGCAAUCCCGAACAAAUGUUCGACGCCACUCAUAUGCGUUUUAGGCAUAACAAAUCAAAUGUUCCAACAAAACCAGCCUAUUAUGCUCUUCCAACUGUGGACUAUCAUUCAAACGUCAUGGAUCAUAAUCCGCAACUACCAUCAUCAUACACACAUAAUAAAACGCAGAUUAUUUUUUUGAUCUUUACAACACUGGUUUAUUUUCUUCAUACGCUACGAACUUACAUAUGUGAAAAUAUGGAAACAUCUUCUCAUUUUUGGUCCAGUAUUAAACCAAAGCCAAUUACCCGAAUCUAUACGUCAGAUUUACGACCGACUUCAAUAUUCGAGCAACUCCUUCUACAUUCAGUUGAAAUUUGUCAAACAUUGUGGCUAAUCUAUAUCUUGUCGUUCAUUGCACGACGUACCAGUUUGGGUUAUCUCUAUCGUAAUCCAAACAUCUUCAACAUAAGUUUUUGUUGCCUUCUAAUUAGCGCACUUGGUCUUCAAGGAGUUAGUCAAAUGUCUGCUCCGCCUGAACUUUCAUGCAUAUGUCUGUUUCUUAGUUAUAUUCUUUUGGCAGUAAGUUGUCGAUUGAUUUCAACGAAAGCAUUGAGAUACGAAGAAAAAUUCAAAUCGAUAGAUUCGAAAAUGAUUCGUCAUUUCGUGCUCAACUGCCUUUUUCUCUAUGCAACCUCAAUUGGCUACAUAACAAUCUGUUCAUCGAUUGAAUGUAUUGCUUUUCAUUUCGAAGAGCAGCUUUCAUUCAUACGAACGAUUGGUCUUUUGAUUAGUCUUCUUUUAUUUAUAACCUACUUCAUUCUCGAUCAAUUGGUUUAUCAAGAAGAAUUUCAAUCCAUCUGGACGCCGUAUCUAUUUCUAGCAACAGUUUUUCUUUCUUCGCGAUUACAGCAAUUCUUCACCACUGAACCAGAUCCAAAUCCAGAUACUCAGAAUGUAUACCUUAGUUGGACAAUUAGCGGCAUGAUCGUAUUGUUGGUAUCGAUUCGAAUCAUUCGACUUAAAUUUCGAAAAUCUCGUACAAUGAAGCCGUUUCUUCCGAGCACAACUGCACCAAUGAACUUCGCUGGCGAAAGUUUAGUUUUCAAUUCAUAA